UGCCUAUGCGCGCCUAUGCUGGGCCCUGCCCUCCGAAGCAGCUUUCCGGUGGCUCCGCCCGCGGCCCAAUUUCCAAGCGACUGUUUCCCGGCGACCGUGCGGGUGGGGCGGUCUUGUUCCCCGCCCGCCCCGCCUGCCAGCGUCCGCGAGGCCCCGCCUCUGGUUCGGUGCGGGAGCCGGGCCUGCCUGUGGCUGAGACCGCGCGCUGCUGGGGCGGGUCCGCAUUGGCAGAGGCAUGGCACGCGUGGCCUCUGGGGUCAGCAGCACCGCGGGUGGGCAACGUCCCUUCUCUGGGCCUCAAUUCCCGCGUCUGUAAAACGGGGGCGAGAACGGAGCUUCAGGGCAGUACCUCCUGAUAUCGACAAGCAGUACGUGGGCUUCGCCACACUGCCCAAUCAGGUGCACCGGAAGUCUGUGAAGAAGGGCUUCGAUUUCACGCUUAUGGUGGCGGGUGAGUCGGGCCUGGGGAAGUCCACGCUGGUCCACAGCCUCUUCCUGACCGACUUGUACAAGGACCGGAAGCUGCUCAGUGCUGAGGAGCGCAUCAGCCAGACCGUAGAGAUCCUGAAGCACACGGUGGACAUUGAGGAGAAGGGGGUCAAGCUGAAGCUCACCAUUGUAGACACACCGGGCUUCGGGGAUGCUGUCAACAACUCUGAGUGCUGGAAGCCCAUCACCGACUACGUGGACCAGCAGUUUGAGCAGUAUUUUCGUGACGAGAGUGGCCUCAACCGCAAGAACAUCCAAGACAACCGUGUGCACUGCUGCCUCUACUUCAUCUCCCCUUUUGGACACGGGCUGCGGCCAGUGGAUGUGGGUUUCAUGAAGGCUCUGCAUGAGAAGGUGAACAUUGUGCCGCUCAUCGCCAAAGCUGACUGUCUCGUCCCCAGCGAGAUCCGGAAGCUGAAGGAGCGGAUCCGGGAGGAGAUUGACAAGUUUGGGAUCCACGUGUACCAGUUCCCUGAAUGUGACUCUGACGAGGAUGAGGACUUCAAGCAGCAGGAUCGGGAACUGAAGGAGAGUGCGCCCUUCGCGGUUAUCGGCAGCAACACAGUGGUGGAGGCCAAGGGGCAACGGGUCCGGGGGCGACUGUACCCCUGGGGGAUCGUGGAGGUGGAGAACCAGGCACACUGCGACUUUGUGAAGCUUCGCAACAUGCUGAUCCGCACACACAUGCAUGAUCUCAAGGACGUGACAUGCGACGUGCACUAUGAGAACUAUCGCGCGCACUGCAUCCAGCAGAUGACCAGCAAACUGACCCAGGACAGCCGCAUGGAGAGCCCCAUCCCCAUCCUACCACUGCCUACCCCGGAUGCUGAGACAGAAAAGCUCAUCAGGAUGAAGGAUGAGGAGCUAAGGCGCAUGCAGGAGAUGCUGCAGAAGAUGAAGCAGCAGAUGCAGGACCAGUGACCCCAACCCAGCCCCACAUUGCCAUGGAUAUACUGCCAGUUUCCAGGCUGGCCCUUCCCGUCCCUGGACCCCAACUGGCCUGGACUCCACCCUGGAAUAAAUCUGGAUCUCCAACAGG